GGCGCAUUUACUACAGGCUUUACGGUAACAACAUGGCCACUUACUUGAUAGUAAACACGGACUUAUGCUCUCUUGUGCUUAUUUAAACGCCUCAAGACGAUGACAUCUUGAUUUUGGACAUAUCACAGCUUUAAAAUGAAACUAUCGCGAGUCGCAUCUUUUUUAAUUCGGGGGCGUCACGUGUACCGGGCUCCAGGUCCUGUUUCAUGUAAUGAACCGAUCAGAUAUGGAGGAGCUGUCCUCACUAAACAACACUUUUCUGUGUCUGCAGUCAAAGACAGCACUGCACUUCUGUACAGAAAACACGGGGAGCCCUCACAAGUUGUUCAGUUGGAGUCAUUGGAGCUGCCCCAUGUGGGACCCGAGUGUGUCCUGGUGAAGAUGCUGGCGGCUCCCAUCAACCCCUCGGAUUUAAAUAUGCUUCAAGGUACGUAUGCCCUCCUGCCAGAGCUUCCAGCAGUGGGGGGCAAUGAGGGUGUGGGGCAGGUGAUGGAGCUGGGAGAGCGGGUGAAAACACUCAAGCUCGGCGACUGGGUGAUUCCUAGAGAUGCUGGCAUAGGUACGUGGAGAACAGCUGCGGUUGUGAAGGCUGGUGAUCUAGUGAGUUUACCGAAAGACAUUCCUGUACUGUCCGCUGCCACUUUAGGAGUCAACCCCUGUACCGCGUUUAGGAUGCUCACAGACUUCGAGGAGCUCAAACCAGGAGACACGGUGAUCCAGAACGCGGCUAACAGUGGUGUUGGACAGGCUGUUAUUCAGAUUGCGGCUACGAAGGGGAUUCAAACCAUCAAUGUCAUCAGAGACAGGCCUGACGUGCAGCAUCUCUGUGACACCCUGACAGCCCUGGGAGCCACUCACGUCAUUACAGAGGAGAAACUGAGACGGCCAGAGACGAGGGAGCUUCUCAAGUCGUGUCCUCGACCGAAACUGGCACUGAAUGGAGUUGGAGGAAAGAGCGCCACAGAGCUGUUACGCCUUUUACAAAGUGGAGGGAGUAUGGUGACCUACGGUGGGAUGGCCAAACAACCAGUCACUGUCCCAGUGAGUGCACUUAUCUUUAAAGAUGUGAAAAUAAGAGGUUUUUGGGUGACCCAAUGGAAGAGAGAGAACAAACAUGAUGAAGACGCCUUACGAAACAUGCUGGAUGAACUGUGCGUCCUCAUCCGUGCGGGGAAGCUGUCGGCUCCGGCUUGCGCUGAAGUCAGGCUCCAAGACUUCGGAAAAGCCCUUGAGAACGCCAUGAAGCCGUAUGUGUCCACCAAACAAGUGUUUGUCAUGUGAUCCCUCUUGUCACGUUUUCU